AGUGCUCCGUGUGUUUGUCUCCGUAGGCCAAGGAGCGCUGGCUGAACCCGCUGAAGCAGCUGGUGGAACAGAUUAAUGUCAAGUUCAGUGAUUUCUUUCGCUCCAUGCAGUGUGCGGGAGAGGUCGACCUGCACUCGGAGAACGAGGAGGAGUACGACAAGUACGGGAUCCGGAUCCGGGUGAAGUUCCACAGCAGCACUCAGCUCCACGAGCUGACGGCCCACCACCAGAGCGGAGGGGAGCGCAGCGUCUCCACGAUGCUCUACCUCAUGGCCCUGCAGGAGCUCAACCGCUGCCCCUUCAGAGUGGUGGACGAGAUCAACCAGGGAAUGGAUCCUGUAAAUGAGCGAAGAGUCUUCGACAUUGUGGUCCGCACGGCCUGCAAAGAGACAACAUCCCAGUACUUCUUCAUCACACCCAAACUGCUCCAGAACCUUCAGUACGCCGAUGAGAUGACGGUUCUGUGUGUGCACAACGGCAGCCAAAUGCUUUCCUCCAAUGGGACGAGAAGGCUUUCAUCUGACGGCGUCGCCAAAGAAAAGCCACAGGAUGAACCCACCAUGUGA